GGUCACAUUAGGUCAUGUCACGUGACGUCAUAUUUACUGUACAUAAAAAUUGUACACGUUGAACUUUAUGCGUAUGCCGAGCGCGUUACCGGCAGAAAUAUGGGUAAUUUCUUUUCUAAUUUAUUUGGCGGCCUCUUUGGCACGAAGGAGCUCCGUAUCUUGAUACUUGGUCUUGAUGGUGCGGGAAAGACGACUAUACUCUACAGAUUACAGGUUGGAGAGGUGGUCACUACCAUCCCAACUAUUGGAUUCAACGUUGAAACAGUCACAUACAACAACCUCAAAUUCCAAGUGUGGGAUCUUGGUGGGCAGACAAGCAUUAGGCCGUACUGGAGAUGUUACUAUUCAAACACAGAUGCUAUUAUCUACGUUGUCGACAGCUGUGAUCGGGACAGGAUAGGAAUCUCAAAGUCAGAACUGGUCACCAUGUUAGAGGAGGAAGAACUAAAGAAAGCGAUGCUGCUAGUCUUUGCUAACAAACAGGACAUGGACGGUGCCAUGUCGCCGUCGGAGGUUGCAAACGCCCUCGGACUUCCCGCCUUGAGGAAUAGGAAGUACCAGAUCUUCAAGACGUCGGCUUUGAAAGGGGAGGGGCUUGACGAAGCGAUGCAGUGGCUAGUCAAAGAGCUGAAAUCAACUUCAUAACACAGGCUGCCUCCGGUACCCCCUUCCUUCAUCACAUCCCCUGAUAUUUCUCUUCAGAGGUUUGUUAACCCGUCACCUACCGGUACCAUUUGAUCCCUGUAUAAAGCCUAUUGGAAUGACAGAACUCGGUAGUUAACAGGUUAACAAUAGUGUAGCGAUGUGUGACGCCAUCAACUUUGGUUGUAUGCAUUUCAGCAUUUUCAUGACCGUAUUUUUAUAGAAAAGGGAAUGAUGAAAAACCUCCAAAAACUGAAAUCAAACAUUGAUUUGUUCAUGGUGGCCCAAGGUCCAUGUAUGGCAAAAUCAAUCUGUACUGUGCUCUAUGAACCCAUUGAAAUUAGCGCAAGUUAGCCAGGGGCCCAUCUUACAAAGACUUGUGCGAUUGAUGCGAUUGAUCUGAUCUAUCGCAACCAUGGAAUGCCAGCAAAGUCAACAUAUAAAAUGCAUGUUUGUUCCCAAAAAAUGUAGAUAUGAAUAAUAUCCAUAAAUUCAUUGAUUUCUUGACAAUUUGGUUUGUUCUCCCUUGUUUACAAAGGACAUUUUGCAAAUUCACGUACAAAAAAAUUAUGACCUGAUGGAUUUCCGUAGAGUUACGAUCGAUUGGAUCAAUCGUAACUCUUUGUAAGACAAGGCCCUGAUCAAUUUACUUUGAUUUGACUGGAGCUACAGUAGGUAUUCAUAUGACCACAUCUUGGGCCCCUUUGGACCAGCUCCUACCAAAUUUUGGUUGUGGGUGUAUUUCAUCAUGCUCCUCUGAGAUAAGGCAUCAAAAAGCGGUCAAAUGAAAAAAAAAGGAAUUAUGAUGUCAUCGCUUCGCUACUGGAUGAUGGCUUACACCACCACUUCCUCCACGGAUAUUGGGAGAGAAAUACAAGUGUAGCGAUUGAACGUCUGGGAGCAACAGGAAAGAAGCGUCAUCCAAAAUAGGAAGAUCUUGGCCCAUUCUGUAUCCAUUCCCGUGGUAAUUCCCUCAUUCCCAGAGUCAUGGAAAAUCCUGGAAAAAUGUUUGAUCAUGGAAAGUCAGGGAAUUUGGAAAAUUUGUGAAAAGUCAUGGAAUAGCACUUACCUCUUUGCUAUGGCAGCUUUCCAGUUUAUCGUGUCCCGUUACUCUCAUACUUUGUGAUCGUUCUCUGCUAUUAUAAUUGGUGUUCGUGAUUUCCAUUUUUCCCAGUUUUGUGACAUCGCAAAUUCUACAUAACUCCCGAGACGUCACAGGACGUCAUGGAAAGCAGCAAUUUUGUCAUGGAAAAGUCAGUCUGUUUUCAGAUUUCUGAGGGAACCCUGCUUAUUGUUUACUCUUGUUUUGUCUGUGAUAAUAGGAGAAGAAGGGAGGAUGUUGUAAGAACUCUGGAGAACCCUGUCUUACAAAGAGUUAUGGUUGAUCUAAUCAGUUGUAGCCAUGGAAAGCUAGCAAAGUCAACAUAUUAAAUGCAUGUUUGUUAAAAAAAAUGCUAGAUAUGAAUGUGUAUCCAUAAAUUCAUAGAUUUCUUGACGAUUUGGUGUGUUCUCCUUUGUUUACAAAGGACAUUUUGCAAAGGUCCUGACUUGCAAAGUUUCCUGACACUAAUGGAUGUCUAUAGAGUUAUGAUUGAUUGGAUCAAUCGUAACUCUUUGUAAGAUGGGGCCCUGAUCAACCAUAGCCAUGGAAAGUCAGCAAUGCAAAUUUCUGGAAUGAAUAUGAUCUUUAUAAGUGUUUUUGAUAUAAUGUGUACUCAUGUGUCCAUCUUUGUGACAACAAAUCUGUGUACUCCUCAAUGUUUCCAGAUGGACAUUGCAUACCUUUCCUGUAUGAAGUGUUAUGGUUUUGUUGGCUUUCCAUAGUUCAAAUUGAUGAUCUUCCAAAUUUUUUUCUGCUUAUGAUGUUUAUUCAUGCAUGCAUCAUCAUCUUGACAAAUCGGUGUCCUCCUCAUUCUUAAAGGGACAUUGCGUUCACUUUCCUGGUAGGUGUUUCAUAAAGCUGUUCGUAAAAUUACGCACAACUUUAUGCACGACUGGAACAUGUUCCUAGGCCUCAAAUCAAUUAUACAGAGUUAUCACAUAGCUUAAGAUAGGAUCACCAGUUGUGCGUAAAGUCAUCCAUAUCUUACAAACGGCUUUAUGAAACACCCAGCAGUUUGAAGUCUUAUGACAUUGAUGGCUCACAAUCACUCACAAGUCUUUGUAAGACAUGGCCCUCGGGGUCUGUACUACAUUUCAGAGCCACUUUUGGAAGCCACUGGGAAUUUCCUUUCAUCUUUCAUCCAUUUCAUGAAUAAUAGACAAAACAAAUAUAAACAAUGAGGAAAUUAUGAGAGAAAGGGGAGCAAGGUGGAUCCCUGCCAGAGAUCUAGCCAAAUAUGGCUUCAUUUAUGUUUAAGAAGGUUCUAACAUGAAGGAUCACAGGCUUGAGUCUCUAAUACCACGGUCAUGUUUGCUCUACGGCGGCGGUUCGCUAGUUGAAAAAACAGCCGUUUUAUUCAUUUUUACUGAAUCCACAGCUGUUUUCUACUUGCCAUACGGCCGCCCUAGAGCAAAUGUGACCAAGGUAUAACUUUCUUUGGGUUUUGGCUUGAUGAAACCUUUAAAGUUGCCUGCUUACUGUUGAAUUUAUGGUGAUGUGAUUCCAACCUCUGUUUGCAUAUUGGAGGAUACCAUAGUGAUCACAGCAGUGCAAUGAAUGAAUGGAUGGAAGAGCAGCACUCCUGUUUUAUUUACGUAGAUAUUGUUAUCAUUCUCAUAGCCUUAUAAAAGUCAACUAUAAUCACACAUAUUUAUGUUGUUUUUGUUCCUAACUCGUUUCUUAUUCUUCAAUUAUGAAUUAUUUUGAUUCUGUUUGAAAAUGGGUAAACAUGAAAAUUCUACAAUGGGUGAUUUCAAGUUCAGUGUUGACCUUUUGGUGUUGGUGUUAGGUCAAUUUUUCAUGAGUAUAACACCAAACAUAGAAUGAAGAUGCCCCUGAAUAGUCACUCACUGGUUGUUGAGAUGUCAAUAUUGUAUUCUGGAUCAGUUUAACAAACUCAUAAUAAGUUUUGGAGCUGGUGCAAGCAAUCCAAAUCCCAACACUAACACAAACACCAACGCAAACACCGGACUUGAAUCACCCAAUGAAAUAGCAGAGGUGCCAGGCUUACGGCAUUUCCCUGACUGCAUUUCCGUCUCAACUUCCCUGUCAAGCUUUUUAUGGAUUUAUUGUGUAUAGCACAUGAGCUUACUACUCCUUUUUACCAUGUUGCUACUCCUUUUCAAGCCUAGUGAGAAACGCCAGAUGGCGCUCCUAAACCUGGCCGGAAAUAAUAGGAGAAUGGGAAGUGAAUUCUUUGUUCAUUUAUUUGUUAAUGAAUAUUGAGUAAAUGAAAACUAUCAUUCCAUAUAAAUAUGGAGAAUAAUUCCUAGUCAGUCUUAACUUAAAUCCGGUUUAGCUGAUAUGAGAAUGCUAUUAAACUCACAGGCCCGUAUUCUGAAGUCGGGCUUAAAUCAAACCCUGGUUUAAAGUUUCGGUUUAACGUUGAUAUAUAUGUCCUCAUUAUGAGAGCAAAAGGAAGCAAAAUAGUAAACAUAAAAAAAUAUGUAAUAUUAACAGAAUUUUGAAUGUUUGGCUCCCCAUAAUUUUAGCACAGAGUUAGACCGUGGUCUAAUUCAAACCCGAUUUCAGAAUACGUGCGUUAGGUUUACAUGAAGUGGUGGUGUGAUUCAAGCCAAAAGGUGAUUUAUAAUGACAAUAAAAGUUGUGUAAGAAAUUGAUUCCUGUAAAUAUAUAUCUACAUCUUUCUUUUAUCUGAAUUCUAGUAUUUUAUUAUAUUUUGUAGUGAUGACUUUUGGUAUUGCGUCUUUGUGAAGUAAACUAAGAAACUUGUUUGUAUGCUGUAAACUUAUAUCUGUAUGAUACGUAGGAGAGAAAAAGAUUAUUGGUGAUUGUUAAGAACAAGAAGAGGUAUUCAAUUAAAAAGCCAUUUUGUACAUGUAAAUUAGCUCUAGAGCAACUUUUUCAAGAAUGACUUUUCCCUUUUACACAGAGAUAGGCACUCGAUUGUUGACUUUUUUUAAAGGGGAUGUUAUGUAAGAUUGCCUGGUAUAGCAAUCCGCAGUAUUCCACUCUAAUAUAGGAACCUCUGCAUAUACCAGGGUCCCUCUUUCCUAAAUACUUGUUAUAAUAACAAAUGCACAUUUUAUAUAAGAAAUUUCUCAUCAGCCAAUCGGAUCGAAGGAUUUCAGUAGCUUUUAAAUGUUAUUGCAAAUUUGUUAUAUGAUAACCAGUUUUGUGAAAUGGGCCCCUGGUAACACAACUUAUAUGUUAGGUUAAUUUAUAAUUGGGAAAGCUACUACUAGUAUUACAUUGUCCACUUAAGAACUAAUUUGCUAUCAUUAGACCCAUUUCCAAUAUAGCAAGCAUGACUGAGCACUUUCCAUAUGAAGACAUGUUUGCCUUCUGAUAUAUUUUUGUUGAUAAAUUGUUAAUUUUAGCUGUCUCCUUUCCACUAAUCAUCAGGUCUGCCUUUUUAAUAGUCAGGAGACAUUUAAUUCAUAUGUGCUUUUUAUUUCAUCCAAAAGUAUAGCGUUUCUCAUUUGUAAAUGAGUAAAACUGUCACAUCUGUCUAUCAGUGGAUGUUUCAUUCUGAAAAACAUCUUUGUUUAACCCAAUACUUUAUGUAAAUCUUGUAUUUUGUUUUGCGAUUAUGUUUCAAUGAUUUUGGAGUAACUCCUGCUUAAAAUCCGUUAUUAUUACAUUUUUAUAUUUUUUUUAGCUAGUAUUUAUUAUGAAUUCAUCAACAAAUAUGUUGCAAGUCAUUACUCUCUCUCAAUGCAUGAAAUUUCUGAUGUAGUGUUUUGUUAUUUGUUUUGUAAUUUUCAAAAUAUAUUUCAGCAUUUUGUAGUUAUAAUUUAUGUAAUUAUUAGAUAUUGAUAUCCCUACCAUGAUAAAGGGAGUCUUCUAUAUUCAUUGUUAUAUUUAAAUCAAGGAAUUCUUGUCACUGUUGAAUAUAUUUUAUGUUUCUUUUCCUUAAUUAUGUCUUAUUUGAUUUAUAAUGAUGAUUAUUAUAUCACACUAAAAGUGUUAUUUACUGAUGCCAAUGAAAUUCCAUUCAUUUAUGUGUUUUCAUUGCUACUGAACAAGAUGGCAGCUAUAUGUCGGAAUCUUUACAAUUUAAUGGAGUUCGUUUGAAUUUUAUUUUUUCCAUGAAAAGUUGUAUUUAUGCAGAAUACUAGUGACGCUUAUUUAAGGGGAGGUUUACCCUGACAUAAAAAGGUUUAUUAUAAAAAUAGAAAAAAAAUAUUGGUAAUGGUUUGAGAAAAAAAUGUCAGAGAUAAAUAUGUUUUCAGAAUUAUAUUUCAUUUGUGAUGUCAAUGCAAGCUGCUUCCUCAAAUUGAAUGGAUUUUAUUGUGACUUCAGUUUAUCAAGAGACAAAUUAUUUAUCUCCCGCUCUGAAAGUUUUUUUUUAAUUCAUCUUGAACCAUUAAUGAAUUGUAAUUCAUGAAUUUUAUCACAUUACAUUAAUCAUCUGAGACAGCUGCUUGUAUAAAAACAUUAAGUCUCAAGUCAAAAGCUUAAAAUUCUAAUAACUUUCUUCAUUUAUGAUG